AUGUGCAUGAAUGUUCAGGAUGUGACGCCUGCAGCUAUCUCAUCAUGGCCUGUAUUUCCUUCAAUACGGAUCCAACCAUGGCUGAGGGGCAUCUACUUCGUACUGAUCCUCGCCGGUCUUGCUUCAAUAGCGGCCGUGCAGGCUCAGACACCAGGGCAGCUUGCAGCCCUGAGAAAGGAAGCUGAAGACCUCUUCUAUCAUGGUUACGAAAAUUAUAUGCUCCAUGCAUUCCCGGAAGACGAGCUACGCCCAAUAUCCUGCCGCCCUCUGACACGCGACCGUGACAACCCGGCACAUAUUGAAGUCAACGAUCCUCUAGGGAACUACUCUCUUACCCUCAUCGAUAGUCUGUCGACUUUGGCGAUUUUAGCCUCAAACCCUUCCAGUCCUGGUGACAACAAGCCUUUGCGACUUUUCCAGAACGGUGUCCGCGAUCUGGUUGAGCAGUACGGUGAUGGCACCGAUAGGCCAUCAGGGCAGGGGUUAAGAGCCAGAGGAUUCGACCUGGACAGCAAGGUACAAGUCUUUGAGACAGCAAUACGUGGCUUGGGUGGCUUACUGAGUGCUCAUCUGUUUGCUGUCGGGGAUCUGCCUAUUCGUGGAUACAAACCUCGGGAAGAGCAGGCGUGUUACGCCCGGGCGUGGGACAAGAAUCACAAAGAUGGCACUGGCAAGGGAAUCCGGUGGGCCAAUGGGUUUGAAUAUGACGGACAGCUGCUCAGACUGGCAUAUGACUUGGGGAGUAGACUCAUACCUGCUUUUUGGUCGCCUACAGGGAUACCGUACCCGCGUGUCAAUCUCCGUCAUGGCAUCCCCUUUUAUGUCAAUUCUCCUUUUAAUGCGCAGUCACGUCACAGUGAGGAUGAUCCCCAGACGACUCCACCUGAGAUCACUGAAACCUGUAGUGCCGGGGCGGGCAGUCUGGUAUUGGAGUUUACCGUUCUGAGCAGGUUGACUGGAGAUUUCCGCUUCGAAGAUCUGGCCAAGAGGGCAUUUUGGGCAAUCUGGGCGAGAAGAAGCAAUAUCGAUCUUGUUGGGUCCGGGAUCGAUGCUGAGACGGGUAACUGGAUGGGAACCUGGACCGGCAUCGGCGCAGGCGUCGACAGCUUCUUUGAAUAUGCUCUGAAAUCACACGUCCUCUUGUCUAGGGAAGCUUAUCCUUUGAAUGAAAGUCGGGUGAGCCCUGAAAAAGACCCGAGAUCUCUCUUCAUGCUGCCCUCUGCUGAGGAGCACAGCCCCCAAGCGUUCCUCAAUGCCUGGAACGCCGCACAUGCCGCAAUACAGAGACAUCUAUACCGUGGCCAGGACUAUCAACACCCUCAUUACAUUCAAGCCGAUCUUGUCACCGGCGCAGCGAGGGGUUUUUGGAUGGAUGCACUUAGUGCAUACUACCCGGGGCUUCUCACUCUUGCUGGCCAUGUACAGGAAGCCAUGGAAACCCAUCUCUUACAGACGGCCCUCUGGACACGGUUUUCUGCAUUGCCGGAGCGAUGGAACCUGGUCACUGGUGGCAUUGAGGGCGGCCUAGGCUGGUGGGUCGGUCGACCUGAGUUUAUUGAAUCGACCUAUUAUCUCUAUCGUGCAACGGAAGAUCCCUGGUACUUCUAUGUUGGAGAGAUGGUGCUCCGAGACAUCAAGCGUCGAUGUUGGACAAUGUGCGGAUGGGCCAGCAUUCAGAACGUGCUGACGGGUGAGAAGACGGAUCGAAUGGAGAGUUUCUUUCUGGGAGAGACGGCCAAAUAUCUUUUUCUGCUGUUUGAUCCUACACAUCCUCUCAAUCAUUUGGAUGAGCCAUUUGUCUUCACCACGGAAGGACAUCCCUUGGUCAUUCCCCGGAGCGUCGGUGAUGGAAAGAGUCGUGGGAAGCCGUCAUCGCAGACUCCUCUUGCGGAGGAGGCUACUUGUCCCGUCAAGGCCGAGCCUGUUCCGUUCACCAUCUCCAACGUUGCUGCAAGGCCAGACGUGUACCAUGCAGCGAGUCUCGCAAGGCUCCAUUUAAUGCCGACGAGAGACACCGUCGAGUCGGUCUUUGGCGAAUAUGCCGCCGACCAUCCGAGUAUCACUUUAUCGGAUAUCAACUCGCCCUCUAACUACACCUAUUUUCCCUGGACCCUCCCGCCGGAGUUGGUGCCUUGCAAUGCCACUACCUCGAUUAUUCCCACCAGACCGACUCUCGAUAUUUCAUUUCCAGCUUUCCCAAACCCUGGCCAGCCGGCCCCACCGCUUCAGCGGGUGAAAGAGGGCAUCCUGAUCAACUUUAUCGGAGGGCUACGGCUGGGACUUGUGCAGGAUACACCCGUGUUAUACGAAGAUGGCAUAUACGACGGUUUCCGAAUCCAAACUAUCAACCAAAUUCCCCUCGGGAAGGACGAGAAGGUCUUCCUCGCGCGAGAAACUGGAAAGGAUGUGCUCAUUCCCUCUGACCCCAACUUCACGAGAGUGCGGGAUCCCGUCAUGCUCAACAUCGUGAUCGAGCUGAGUGGUUCUACAGAGGGCGGCAGCGAUACUGAAUCAGACCAAGGAAGGCUGAACUCUUCAUCUGAAGAAGAAGCUCUUGUCAUCGAUGUGCCAGAACUCGAUGAUCCCAUGGCCGAUGGAGCCGUCAAAGCCGCAUGGAACGCCAUCGUGGCGCAAAUUUCGAGUCUUUUGAGAGACCGGCCGCAAUUCGUCGAUACCGCCUGGCCAUUUUCAACCGCAUUCUCCCUCCCCUCCAGUACCCCAGCUCCCACGCACAACAGCAUGCGCACGUUGGGUUCCUAUUUUGUCGAACAGCAACAUAGUCAUAAUCCACGCUACCAGCUCCAAGCAGUCACCCCGACAGGUCCGGGAGCCGCUCCAUUACCCGACUGGCCUGAAGUCUCGACCAUAAUCCCGCUGGGAGCUUCAGUGCAUGCUGCGCAGCAGAUGCCAUGGACCAAGGUCUACGCGACAGACGAGCUGUGCGACCAUAAACUCCCGCUCAGCGUGGUCAGGAGCCAUCAAGUCCUUGUCGUCAAGAGAGGCGGGUGUAACUUUAGCCGCAAGCUACAGAAUAUCCCGUCCUUCUCGCCGUCCGCGCAAUCUCUUCAAUUGGUGGUUGUCGUGUCGUAUGGAAACAGCAAUGCUGACGAUGGCGCCACGGGCGAUGACCAAUACUCUAAAGACUCGCAUCAGCACCAACACCAUGGUGGUGACGGCGAUAACGGCGACCAAGAAGAAGCCUUGCCCAGACCGUACCUCCAUGAACCUCAACUCACGCCAGCGGGGCUUCCGCGCCGCAAUCCGAUUCCUAUGGUCCUCGUUGGCGGUGGCGACAAGGUCUACGAUGCUUUGACUCGUAGGACCAUCGGCGUCGGCAUCAAGAGACGAUAUCAUGUGGAAACUCGGGGUGUUAGAAUCGCAAACCUCCACAUCGUUUAG